AUGGCGGCCGCGGCGCUCCUCCGCUGGACGGCCCCAGGCCGUGGCGCCUCCGCCUGGGGCUUGCGGCUGUGCGCGGCCCCGAGGCGCCGCCUCACGCACGGCGCAGGCAGUCCUGGCGGUGACAACGGCAACGACUCGGCCUGGACCUGCUUCCCACUUGGCGAGCGCGGGGUGCUGCGCGUGCGCGGGCCGGACUCGGUGCCCUUCCUCUCGGGGUUGCUGACCAAUGAGCUGCCGCUUCCGGGUCCCGGGACUGGGACGACCCCGCCUUUGGCGCGUGCGGGCUACGCCCACUUUCUCAACGUCCAGGGCCGGACGCUCUAUGACGUAAUCCUGUACCGGGUCCCUGAGGCAGGUGUGGACGCGGCAGCGGGCUUCUUUCUCGAGUGUGACAUCUCCGUGGCGCACACGCUGCAGAAGCACCUGGUGUUCCACCGGAUCCGGCGGAAGGUGGAGGUGGAGCUUUGCCCGGAGCUGGGAGUGUGGGCCAUGCUGCCCAGCACCUCCGAGGUCCACAGAGCCCCCCUGCAGGAGAAGGCAGAGGGGGCCACGAUCCUCACUGCCGACCCCAGGACGGCCUGCAUGGGCUGGCGCCUGCUCACCCCAAAGAAGAGCUCGGCCCUGUACCUGGUGCCCGGCAGCCGGCACGGAGACCUCAGGGACUACCACAGGCACCGAUACCGGCAAGGCAUUCCAGAGGGGGUACGAGACCUCCCCCCAGGAGUGGCUCUGCCCUUGGAGUCCAACCUGGCCUUCAUGAACGGAGUCAGCUUCACCAAGGGCUGCUAUGUCGGCCAGGAGCUGACGGCCCGCACCUACCACAUGGGUGUCAUCCGCAAGCGUCUCUUCCCCGUGCAGCUGUGUGGCCCGCUGCCGGCAGCCGGCAUUGCGCCUGGCACCCCUGUCCUCACUGAGUCAGGAAAGGCAGCUGGGAAGUUCAGGGCCGGUGAGGGCGACCUGGGGCUGGCCCUGCUGCAGACUGAGAAAAUCAAGGGUCCUCUGUACAUCAAAAGCUCUGAAAGUGGUCAUGUGGCCUUAAGUGCUUCUGUGCCAGCCUGGUGGCCCAAAGCCACCAAGUAAACCUGAAUGUCCCCUCUGGUGUUGGCUGGGCUGAGCUGCCCAUGGUGCCAUGAAGGGUGCUGGCCUAUGGAGCUUGUCCACUUGUUUGCUGUGCUCUCUGCAGCUUAGCAGGCAUUCCAGGGCCUUGCUGCUGUCACGCCCCUGACCUCCCUGGGGGAGCCUUGAGGAGGGCAGCCAGCUGGCCAGUGUUCCCCAAGUGGGCCCCUGUGAGCACCCACCUUGGGAAGUUCCUAUAUGUGCCCACCUCAUGUGGCUGCAGGCUUCGGAUGCUUCCUCGGAGACCCUGGCACUCAGUGUCUAGCUGAGGACUGGGCCUUCCUCUCCUCUGGCUCAGGAGAAGAGGUAGGACCCCUGCUGGGGGAGAAGCCAGCCUGCCACUGUGCUGAUCUAAGCCCCUGUAGACCCAGGGCCAGGCUGCAGAUGGGCCCAGGGGCCAUCUGUCCAUCAGAGCCCAGGACAAAGCUGGGCCUUGGUGCAUGGAGCCGGCACAGUGAGGAAGUGGGCUCUGGAUCGCCAGCACCGACUCCU